AUGAAUUUAGAAUUUUCUGAUGUUAUUUACAAAGUGAAAAGAAGAUGGAGAGACAAAGAAAGCAGAACAAUUUUACAUGGAGUUAGUGGUAGUUUUAGAGCUGGACAAUUAUCUGCUAUUUUAGGCCCAUCUGGAGCUGGAAAAAGUACCCUUUUAAAUAUUUUAUCCGGGUUCAGCAUGGAAGGUGUCAAAGGUGAAUUUAAAGUUAACGGUCAACCGUUAAAUAAAAAAUUAUUUCAUAAAUCAUCGAGAUACAUAACGCAAGAAGAUUUACUUCCGCCUUUUCUAACGACGAAAGAAGCCAUGUUGAUAGCAGCCAAUUUGAAAUUGCCCAAGACUACGACCCUAAAACAAAGGGAAAUGGUCGUCGAAGAAAUACUUUCCAUGUUGGGUUUAUUCGAAUGUAGCGAUACGAGAACGGAAAAACUCUCAGGAGGACAGAAAAAAAGACUCUCUAUCGCUUUAGAACUAAUAAACAAUCCUAGUUUUUUUUUCCUAGACGAACCGACAAGUGGACUUGAUAAUGUAUCAACAAUGCAAUCGUUAAAAUUACUCAGGAAAUUAGCUAAACAAGGAAGGACGAUAGUUUGCACCAUUCAUCAACCGAGUGCAUCCAUAUUCGAGCUUUUUGACAACGUGUACUUUUUAGCUGCGGGAAAAUGCAUUUAUCAGGGAACCACACAACAACUCCUACCAUUUUUAUCUUCCAAAGGUUUUCUCUGUCCUACAUAUCACAACCCGGCAGAUUUUGUAAUGGACAUUGUCGACACCGACGAAAACAGCAUUAAAAUCAUGUCGGAAGCAAUUUCCAACGGGAAAAUAUGCCAUUUUAAUUUAGAUCACGUGACCGAUCAAAUCAAACAAUACAAUUCGAACGAAACGAAUGAUGCUGCCGUAGAAGAUGCAUUGAUGAAAUCAACCCCCGAACAAAAUAAAAUUGAAAAAGUUUACGAAUGGAUCGCAAAUGAAAAAACGAGUACAGAAUAUAAAAAUUCUCACUGUUGCGAUACUCAAGACUAUCCGAGAAACAGUUGGGACCAAUUCAGUAUUUUAAUGAAAAGAAUGUUGAAACAAAGAAGUAGGAAUACGGAAUCCAUGAAAAUCCUUCUUUUGCAUCACAUAUUUUGUGGCCUAAUGGUCGGAGCUGUUUUUUACAACACAGCCAAUGACGGUUAUCAAAUGUUUAACCAUUUAAAAUUUUGCGUCGGUUACAUACUAUUUCACACUUACACAAAUGUUAUGCUCCCAGUUUUAGUUUAUCCGGCCGAAGUUAAACUUUUGAAAAAAGAAUAUUUCAACAGGUGGUACGGUUUAAAUCCGUAUUAUUUUGCUUUGAUGUUGACCAAGCUUCCGUUGCAAAUUAUUUUCGGAACUUUGUAUGCCACAAUUAUUUACUUCAUGGCGGGUUUACCCGCUCAACUAUUUAGAUUUUCCUUAUUUUCCGUCAUCGGAAUAUUGAUUGUGUUGGUGUCGGAUGGAGUCGGAAUGGCCAUCGGAUCAAUAUUCAACGUGACGAACGGUUCGGCUGUUGGUCCGGCAGUUGUGGCUCCGUUUUUAGGUCUGGCAGUUUACGGCUUUGAUUUUGCAAGGGAUAUCCCCUGGUUCAUAUACGGCAUCAUGAAAUUGAGUUUUAUGAGAUGUGGAGUCAUAGCCACCGCUCUGGCACUUUUCGGAUUCGGAAGAAAAACGUUCGAGUGCAAUGCAAUGUACUGCCAUUUUAAAAAACCCGAUUUGAUACUUCAUUUUUUAAAUGUCGAAUCCGUUUCUAUUUGGAACGAAAUUUUCACACUCUGCGUUCUUUUCGUAUUUUUUAGAUUAUUAAAUUAUUUCGCGUUGAGAAGUCGACUCGUUGUAAAAUAA